GAGAGUGCGCGUCGCGGGGAUGAAUGGAAACGUGGCCACGCAUCGUGUGCGCGCCUCGCUCCAGCUCCGGUGUGGACGAUGAGCUCAGCAGCAGCAGCAGCAGCUCGGUGUGCGGGGCCCGGACCCGCAGCAGCGACCCGCAACUUCUCCUGGAGCCCGGAGGAUCUGAGAUGAGACGAGGAGGCUAAAGCUUCUUCUUCUGCUCUCCACACACCGAGGAACAAACCAGAGGUGAUCACCAUGUCUCUGUGGAUGAUCCUUCCUGUCAGCCUGCCUGUCUUCACCAUCACUGGAAUAUGGCUUGUAUACGCAAUGGCCUUGUACAACCAGCACGUCUGCCCUGUGCACAACUGGCUUUAUAACGAGUCCUGUGAGGAGCCGCUUCAGUUACAGAGGGAUCCUGUUCUGUGCUGCACCCUGGAAAACAUUCCACUCAUCAGUAAAUGUGGGACGCUGCCCCCUGAAAGCUGCUUUUUCAGCCUCAUCUGCAGCACCGGCUCCUUCAUGGUGAUGCUGAUCGGCCUCCUGCGCUACGCCCACGUGAUCGAGAGACAUCAGAACUGUGUCCUCAACAUGGCCGGCCUCUCCACCGGAUGGAUCUGUGCCACUGGGCUCAUCAUGGUGGGAAACUUCCAGGUGGAUUUUGCCAAGGUGCUUCACUACGUGGGCGCCGGGGUGGCGUUCCCCUGCAGCAUGUUGUUUGUGUGUCUGCAGUCGGCUCUGACUUACCGACUGGCCAAGACGCAGGACGAGUACCGAGUGGGACACGUGCGCGUGGGGAUGGCGCUGCUCGCCCUGAUCGCCCUGGUGCUCAGUGGCGUGUUCUUCUGCCAGGAGAGCUUCGCCCUGCAGCACGCCUCCGCCAUCUUUGAGUGGCUCUACUGCUCGCUCAUCAUGCUCUUCUACGGGACGUUCGCCUUCGAGUUCGGGGGCAUGUCGGGCGACACCCUGAUGGUCCUGUCCCGGGGGGGGGGAGUACAGAGCUUCUCCGAGCACAAGGCCGAGGGGGGCGGGGGGGCCAACCACCAUCAGCCGGAGAGUUUAUCCAUCCUAUAACUGGACGGUGGCGUGUGUCAGCGCCCCCUGGAGGAUGCAGGGACAGAGUCUCCAAGCUGCGGCUCCUCAGCGGUGACCAAAGACUUUAAAGGACGAGUUACACUGUAAAACGUUGCUUAGUCAGAUCAGAGCCUCUGGACACAAAGACUCAGAUCUGUGUUGGGUUUAGUUCUCUCAACUUUACAAUCAGCUGAAGUUUCUCAGCCUGAACAUCAAGGUCGUUACAGUUCACGCUCAGGGAGUUUCAUCAUCAGCUCUCUCUCUCUUUACCUCGGUGGUCAGGAGACGUUUCCAGAAAACCUUCAACAAAAGACGGACGAUCACGAUGUCCCAAGAAUAAUGUUGUUUCAUGUUAAAUGGUUUUGUCCUCACGUUUAAAAGAUGUUCAAGGUUUUUCAACUUGUAUUUUGUGCUUCUUUAUUUUGUAAAAGUAGCCGACUCACCGUAAGCUCUGUUGUAUAUAUAUUAUUUUUUACAUAAAUUCAGCGUUUUGUAAAAGAUCAAAGUCGUUAAAAAUGACUUGUUACAGCUUUAAUGGGACCAAACUAUAGACGAGGACGUUAAGAUGCAAUAUUUGAUUAUAUUUUGAUUUUAAUUUGAAAGUUUAACAGUGUAUAUCCAACCAAAAAUAAAUUAAAGCAAAUGGGAAAUAUAAUGUCA